GGAACUCUUGAUGAGAAUAGAAAGCCUUUCUCCGGGAGAGCGGUUGAUGGUGUCAAGCUACUGACUUGGCAGGUAGCAGCCUAAUGCAUAACCACGACAGCACCAGGGUUCCUUAAGUAUCAAGAGACACGACUAAAGUUCUAUGCUACUUUACUACUGCAACCUUCUCAGCCAUCCUGGUGGCACUGCCAGGCCUGCCUUCUGCACCGCUCCAGGAGGGUAAGCCUCGGUCUUGCCAUUUUGCCCUGGGCUGUGUCCCUAGAGCUUGGGUUGGUGCCUGGCAGACAGCCGGUGCCCAGGGAGGCCAUGUUGAGCAUCAGUGAAUGAACGCAGCCACCUCUGACAGGGAGGCCCGGGUCUCACCUGCCUGGGGCCAGCCUCCUCCUCUCGCCCUCGGCAGCCUUCUUCCCGGUGGGCUGGAGCUGGCAUCCUGGCGGCCAUGCAGAGGGCUGGGGCAGGGGGCCGGAGGGCCUCCGACUGCGGCCCGGCUCCACACAGGCCCAGGUGCAUCACCAAGUUCGCCCAGAAAUUGGAGGAGGGGUGACAGGAGCCGUGGUCCUGCCUCCUGCCCAUUUCACCCCCACUUGGAGCAGUAUGUGGGCUCCUUCCCCGUGGACGACCUGGACCCCCAGGAGAGCGCGUGGCUGGUCCAGCAGCAGCUGUGGGCUCUGAAGGACUGUCCUCGACGCCGGGCGGUCAUCCUGAAAUUCAGCCUUCAGGGCCUCAAGAUCUACAGCGGGGAGGGUGAGGUGCUCCUGAUGGCACAUGCCUUGAGACGCAUAUUCCACUCUACCUGGUGCCCGGCUGACUGCCAGUUUGCCUUCACUGCCCGAAACCCACGGAGCCCGGCCACCAAGCUCUUCUGCCACCUCUUUGUGGGCAGCCAGCCUGGAGAGGUCCAGAUCCUGCACCUGCUCCUCUGCCGUUCCUUCCAGCUCGCCUACCUCUUGCAGCACCCUGAGGAGCGCGCACCGCCAGAGGCUGGCCUAGGGUCUGUGGAGGACGUGCCCCGGAAGCCCGUGCCCAGCCCUGGGGGCGCCCCUGGCCUGGCACGGGAGCCCUUCGGCCGUGAUCAGCUCUCCCAGAACGUCCAUGCCCUGGUCUCCUUCCGGCGGCUGCCUGCAGAGGGGCCAGGAGGCAGUGGGAGGGAGCUGCUGGAUCUGGAAGGCCGAGGGGGCACCCGCCACGCUCGCCUGGGGAACCCCUACUGCUCCCCCACCUUGGUACGCAAGAAGGCCAUCCGCAGUAAAGUGAUCCGCUCAGGGGCCUAUCGCGGCUGCACCUAUGAGACGCAGCUGCAGCUGUCGGCACGGGAGGCCUUCCCUGCUGCGUGGGAGGCGUGGCCCCGAGGACCCAGUGGCCCUGCGUGCCUGGUGGAGAGCGAGGGCAGCUUGACUGAAAACAUCUGGGCCUUUGCUGGCAUCUCCAGGUCCUGCGGCCUCACCCUGCUGCGGAGGGACGUGUUGGGGGCCUUCCUGCUGUGGCCCGAGCCAGGCACCGCGGGCCAGUGGCGUCUGUCGGUGCGGACACAGUGUGGCGUGGUGCCACACCAGGUCUUCAGGAACCCUCUGGGCCGCUACUGUGUGGAGCACCUGCCUACCGAGUUCCCCAGCCUGGAGGCCCUGGUGGAACACCACUCAGGCACGGAGCGCAGCCUCUUCUGCUCCCUGGACAUGGGUCACCUGAACCCUGGCUACGAGGAGCAGGACUGUGGGCCGGAGGGCAGGCCACCCAGGACGCUCCGGCCCCUGAGCCAUGCCAAGUCAGAGGCAGAGUUGCAGGGCCUGGGCUAGACUGACCCAUGCCCCCAGGCCCUGCUGGGCCCCAGCUCCUGGGCCUCAGCUGGCCACUUGACCUUCUACCCUGCUGGUUGGUCACCAGUCCCACCUGGCUCCUCAGCCCCUGGGCCAUUCUUUCGUCACUCCAGUGCCUGUGGGAUGGGACCCCAGAGAUUCGGAGAGCUUCCAGGAGGGCCAUGGGACUGCGUGACUGGAUGCUGUCCUCUCUGAGCUCCCACGGAUCCCUUGAGGUGGGCCGGAAGGGAUUUGCCCUGUGGAAGGGUAGUCAGCCUUAGGGCCCUGGGUGAGGAAGCCAGACAGGGAGGAAGAGGUGCCUGGGAAGCAGGGAUGAGUCCUCACUGGGGGCCAAGGCCUGGGUGUGAGUCAGCACCCCCCACUCCUUGCCCCCAAGAGAACAGAACUGACUCAGUGGAGCGUGUAGGUGUGGAGGCUGGGCUGACAGUCUGCUUCCCUGUUUGCCUGGGGCUCAAGGGCUCUUACCUUGCAUUCCAAGAAUGGGGGGCUGGGAAGGUAUAGAAAGGGCACGAUGGACCAAGAGCUGUGCCCCCUGAAGCCUGGGCAGGGCUUAACCCUGCAUGCAGAGAGACCCAGAGCCAAGUCCUGUUUAAGAAGGCCGGCUUGUCCCCCCGCCCCUUCAGAACACACAGCACUGAGUCAGGCCUUCUCCUCUCAGUUCUCGUCCCCUCCCUCAUAUUCCCAGGAAUCACCCAGACCUCCCCACCCCAGGGGCUCAUUUCCUUAGGUCAUUGGGCUGGGAGGGGAAGUGGCUAGCCACAGGGUUAAGGGAUGACCGGGGCCCAGGCCCUUGCUUAGAGCAUUCUGGGGUUUGGAGGCUGCCUUAGGAAGCCCCCAGUGUGGGUAUUCCCUGACCAUGGUGGCAGGGCCACCUGGUUGGGCCAGCUCGCUUUCCCUUCCUGGAAGGUAGCGUAUGAACAGAACCAGCCACGUGCGGAUCUGGUGUGUGGGCCCUACCUAGGAGCUGGGGGCGGGGAUGGGAUGGGAGGUAGAGUCCCCAUGGAGAGUGGGCCCAGGGAACUGGCUCUAGUCUUCAGGCAGUGGCCCCGACAAACCUAGGCAUCAACUCCACAGACAAACCCGAAGCUUCUGAAUUUGGGACCAGCCCAUUUCAGAACUUCUGGGAGUUGGUUAUGUGUUGGACUGCUAACUACAAGGUCAGCAGUUCAAAGCCACCAGCCACUCCUGGAGAAAGAUGAGGCUUUCUACUCCGGCACAGACUUAAGUCUCCUCGGAAACCCUGCCCUAUGGGGUUGCUAAGAAUCAAGUGACUCCGUGGCAGUGAGUUGAAUCCCGAGGCCGAGGCUUAGUCCUGAGACAGGGUGGGACGGAUUGUCACUGCCUUCAAACCAGCAGGUUCCGUAGUCUUGGGAGGAACAGAACAGGGAGCAGAGGUGGAGUUGGGAAGUGGGAAGGCAGGAUCCCAGCAGACUCGGGCAGGGGGUGCCCAGCCUGUAACUCCCAUCCAGAAUGUGAUCUUAGAUAAGCACCUUUCCUGCCAGGCAAGUGAGUCAUAGUCCCAAGGGAGAGGAGGAAGCUGUCCUGUUGGGGCGGGGUGGGGCUAAUAGUCAGUGUGCUUAGGGGCCAGGACUAGGAUGUCAUCGUGUCUGCUGAGCCCAUCUCCCUGGCCCAAGUCCAGGCCCCAGACGCACUUUCCCCUAAUGAUUCAGUGCCCCAGGUUACACCGAGGAUGGGCACUUAAGAACAAACACCUUAUAACUGGGCAGGCUAGGUCCAAAGCUAACCUCAACGGGGGUGGGGGUGGUUUUGUUGCCUCCAGAAUCCUGCACACAAGGUUCCUUCUUGGGUGCUGUCACAUCAGAUCUGAUCUGGCCCCCAAGGUGUCUGUGAUCUCUGUGGGAGCAGGUCACCAGUUCUUUUCUAGCAGAGUGGUGCAUUGAAACAUUGGAACCCACGAGUGCUUAACAGCUGUGCCACCAGAGCCCCUUGCUAAGGUGUCGGGAUACGAGCACACUGAAGAGACCAGCCUUCCCCAAGCACUUGCACAUGGUUUGAAACCACGGGUCAGGUCGAGCACACAAUGCAAAAGUGCCCCGUGCCUCCAGUGUAGGUCACAGGUGUGGCUGUUCACACCAGCUCCGCUGGGUCCCUCAUCCUCCUGGCUCUGGACUUGAAACAAAUAAAAAGGCAUUCCUUCCCA